ACGUGUGGGCCAUUCGUGCUUGUGUGAGAGGCCAUAUGUAAACGCUGCCUCCCUCGCCUGCGGUGUGGGGGGAGGGGUGGGGACGUCCUCAUAUAAACGUGCAGGGAAACCCCAGCAGGAUUAAGCGAGAGAGAGGCACGGAGAGGACACCAGACGCUCCAUUUGACUGUGAAUAGCAGCAAGGACCAUAUUUUACAGUCACGACUUUUCUCAAGUUUUCAUAUGACAAUGGUAGAAGUGGUACAUUCUCCCUAAUUGAGCCCAACUUUGCCGAGCCGGCACCAUGAUGUCCAGCGUCCGCCGGCACAGCCUCCGUCUCCAGACCGAGCUCCACCGCUGGAGCAUCUGCGACCCCGGCACCCACCUGCUCCCGGACGGCCUCCUCGCCCGCGUCCCCGCUUGCAUCUCCCGCUCCAAGUCGUGCACCAGCUCCGCCGGGGAGUCUGACGGAGGCAGCCGCGGUAGCUGGUCCUCUUCUGACUCGGUUAUCUCCGCCGACUCCGGCACCCCGUACCAGGUGGUGCUCCUCGGGGCCAGCGGGGUCGGUAAGACCGCCUUCGCCUGCAUCUUCUCCGGGGCUGCGGACAGCAUGGACAGUGAUGAUUGUGAGCUGUGUGGAGAUGAACUGCAAGAAAAGGAGAUUGACGUUGAUGGAGAAGCUGCAACUAUAACUCUGUUAGACACGUGGGAUGCAGAGAUGGACAGUGAAUGGGCUCAGGAGUGCUACAUGCAAUCAGGCGACGCCUUCCUGUUGUUGUACUCCAUAACCGACCGGGCAUCGUUCCUUCGGGCGUCGGAGCUGCGUGUCGCUCUGCGCCGCCUUCGCCCCGCCCAACACACGCCCAUCAUCCUGGUGGGCAACAAGUGUGACCUCGUGCGACGGAGAGAGGUUUCCACCAAUGAGGGCCGUGCCUGCGCCGCUGUCUUUGACUGCAAGUUCAUCGAAACCUCGGCCGCCAUGCAGCACAACGUGUGGGAGGCCUUCCGCGGCAUCGUGCGGCAGCUGCGUCUGCGUCGGAACUCCAGCGACGCUGCCGCCGCGGCUGCCAAGCGCCGGGGUCGCCGGGAGAGCCUGCCCAUGAAGGCCAAGCGUUUCCUGGACAAGAUGGUGGCGAGGAACAAUCCCAGCGUGGCGUUCUGGCUCAAAUCCAAGUCCUGCCAUGACCUUUCAGUCCUGUAGGAGGGUGAUUGACACAUCUUAGCGACGAGUCGGCCGCGUGGGCUUGUGGAAAAGCAGAUGGCGCCAUGAGAGGCGUUCAAGAACACUUUUGGCCCUGAUGAUGACAUGAACUGUUGAAAACCAAUCGCUGCACAAGGACAAUGCAUUUACCGUACUCAUGUUUUCAUGUUUCUUCUUCUCUCCUCACUUUGCUAUUUGUGCUCAUUCCUGCCUUCAACUGCUAAAAUGAUUUAUUUUUUAUAAUAACAAACUUUACCCUCGGCUAAUGUGCACUUUUCUGUCAGUGUAAUUACUCUGCCACCUGGAUGUAGCUUCAGUGUUAAAUAAAGUGACCUCA